CGACGCUCUGUUGGCAGUCGCUCGUAUCGAAGAGAGUGAAGCGCUGGAUUCAAGUGUUUAACCCGGUUCUCUUGGCUCUGAAAUACUCUGUCCUUGCAGGCUGCAGGGAUGGGAUGUGAUCUGGAUGGCUGACGAUAAAGGACGAGGACCAAUCACAUGAUAACAUGCUGGCUCGUAACCGCUUCCUCCUCCUGGUGGUGGUGGGUGGAGCUGCACUGGCCAUCAUCAGUCUGAGCCUCCAGUUCUUGAACUUGAUUCCCACCACCCCAGUUGUGGAGGAGCGACCUUUCCAGGCUGCAGACGGAGGUGUUGGGGUGCUUCUGGGAAAAAGCAGGAAGAGAGUUUUCCCGGUGCUUCACACCCAGGGGCCUGACCCCAUAGCUGAGGCUUAUGGCUACUGCAACACUCCCAACCGCAGCGAACAGGCCUGGGAGGGUCACAGUCCUGCUGACUACAAGCUGCUGUCUGUCCAAGUGAUGAUUCGCCAUGGUGACCGUUACCCACUGUACUCCAUCCCCAAGACCAAACGACCCGCCAUUGACUGCACCUUGUCCAGCAGCAGGAAGCCUUCUCAUCCCCUUCUGAAUGCCUUCAUCAUUCACAUGGGCCUGGGAGGACGAGGCCAUUGGGACUCACCUCUUAGCUCUGUUCCCCGUCUGCCAAACCACAGUGCCUGUGAGAUGGGAGAACUCACACAAACAGGUGUUGUACAGCACCUACGCAAUGGCCAGCUUCUCCAGCAAGCAUAUAAGCAUCACAAUUUCCUCCCUUCCAACUGGUCUCCCCGGCAGGUGUGGGUUGAGACCACAGGUAAGAGCCGCACCCUUCAGAGUGGACUGGCCUUCCUCUAUGGACUCUUGCCGGACUUUGAUUGGACAAAGCUGACCGUGCGGCACCAGUGGAGCACAUUGUUCUGUGGUUCAGCCUGUGACUGCCCCGCCAGGAACCGUUACCUUGAAGAGGAGCAGAGGAGGCAGUAUCGGCUCAGAGUGAGUGAUACCGAGCUGGAGAGGAAUUACGUGGAUAUGGCUCGGACUUUGGGUCUGCUCACCCGCACACUACGAGCUGCAAACCCUAUUGAUUCCCUCCUGUGCCACCUGUGCCAUGGCCUUUCUUUUCCAUGCGUUCCAAUAGGAGAAAGUGGCACCGGUGGGUGUCUGACAAUGGCACAGUUUGCUGUGAUCCGUCGGCAGCAGCUGGAUGAUGAGGUGGAUCGCAGAAAAGUGGGGCUGUACCACAAGUACGCCAUCCUAGCCAUGUAUCCCUACCUGAACAGAACUGCCAACAAAAUGGAGCGUGUUGCAAGGGACAACGAGGUGGGUCGUCAGCCUCGGCCAGGUGGAGAGGAGGUCUUCACCCUCUCUUCAGCUCAUGAUGUCACCAUGGCUCCUCUGCUGAGUGCUCUGGGACUGGAAGAGGCCCGCUUUCCACGCUUUGCAGCGAGAGUGGUCUUUGAACUGUGGAAGAGUCCCCCAGCAAUAAAAGGACAGCAGAAGAAGAAAGCUGGCAAAGUUGAUAAGGCGAAGGCGAAAGAUGGGGAGCUGUUCCUCAGGGUGCUCUACAACGGCGAGGAUGUGACAUUUCACACCACCUUCUGUCGCUUCCAUGACCGCCAUGGCAGCCAGCCCCUCUGCCCUCUGAAGAACUUCCUGUCUUUUGUCAGGAGAGACAUGUUCAGGGCUGUCAACGCUACGUCCUACCAGGAGGCGUGCUACAGGCGCCCUGUUUGACAGACGGACAGAUGGUGAGGAUGGUGCCUGAGCAAGGGUGAAGACUUGGCAGAUGGUUGUUUUUUUCUAGUUGUUUUCCACUUUUGAAGAGGAUGCACUUUUAUGCUGCUCACAGUGUCUUAAAAUUCCACAUUUUUAAAUGUAGUCUUUGACAUUCCUGAGCACAAAGAGAGAAGUAAACACACAGUACUGUAAGUCGUAUAUUUAAAAGACGCUGUCACUUUGCAACUUUUCUACAGACUUUAAGUUUUUUGAAUACUGCAAGUUUUUUCACAUAUCUGUAAGAUAAACGUUGGUCAAGGGAAGUUGAAUGGCACUCAGCCACUUUAUUACAUUCAUAUUACCAUGGAAUUAUAAAAUUCCAGUAUUUCUGUCCACCUUAUUCCUGGGAGCUCUACUGGUACGAUUAUGGGCAGGACUUCAGGUGGUAUUGCUGAAGUAGACAACAUUUGUCUUUACCAGUGUCUAACCAAAAGGCAAAACCUCUAAAAACAGUUGUUUUUGAAAGAAAUACAUCCUUAGUUCGAUACUCAUUCUUUUGGUCCACAUCCAGCUAAAAAUUAGUUCUAAGUAAUAUUUUCUGAAUUAUCCAAAUCCUAGCACCUGUUGCUCUGCUCAAGAUUAAGUUUGUGACUUUAACAUCUGUGGUGUUUUAAACAUGCUGUUCAUUGUCUGAAUCAGUAGGGAUGUGAUUCUUCAUAAAUGAAUAUGGAAUUUCACAUUUACCAACCUAAAGAGGUGAUUAUGUGAAUCAUUGAUAUUAAUAAAACAUUAAAAGAGGAACAAGUUUGUAAAAUAAUGAGAAUUAAAGAAAAUUCAUAAAGUAAAUACUAUAACUAUCCAUUCUGAUAUUUAUGUUGUUCUUUAACUGAGCUAGUUUUGAAUUAGUUGUGAACUGUGUUAACCUUUUUGUGGUUUUGUGCAGGCUGUGUACUUAUUUCAUAGUAUGAUGCGCUGUUAGCCACCAGGAAGUCACACUCAGAAUUCACGCCAAGUAUCAUGGGGGCUAGGAAUAAGGUGGAUAUGCUUGCAAAUAGAAUUGGGCGGUGUCCAGUUUUUAAUAGUUUAAUCUUCACUAGAUGUUCCUGUGGUUUUCAGUUUUCAGUCACAUAACUAAAAAUCCCAUUAUUUUGGAUGUGUGAUAUCAUUAGCAUAAAAUUGGUAUUAGUAGUUGUAAAAAUUUCUGCCAAUAAUUACAACCAGGGCUUGACGUUAACACCCGCCAACGAGCCAAAUGCAGGUGGAUUUCAGCCGUGGCAGAUAGUGCUAUGACUCCCACUCAGGCAGAAUUUAUCAGCAACACAUCCUUUGCUUUAUUCUAGCUGAACUCAGCUGUUAACGCCAGUAGUUGUCAGUUGUUAAAGUGGUAGUUGCUUAUUUCAGUGAGGCUGUUUGACUCUGAAAGAGGUCCAUUUUCCCCCAUUAUUAUAUGUUAGAAUGCUAAAUUUGUGCCCAUCUUUAUAUUGAGUGUUUCUAGUUCAGGUAAAUUUUAGCAGGCCAUAGUUAAUCUUAUAUAUAGUUAUAUCCAAUCGUGAAAAUAGUGGCUAGUGAAAAUUCUGAGUGGUUUGGGAAACAACUAGCUACAGUAGCUGGUAAGCAAAAAAGCAGCCUAUGUGUCAACAUUCUUUAACAUGUUAUUUAUAGACCAUUUAUUAUGAAUGUCAUACAGCAUAUUUUUUUCUGAUGGUAGUUCAAAUGACAUUGUGGAUAUUUUUGAGUUAGGUAUCACUGGAUUAUCGCCCAAUGCUUCUUGCAAGAAAAGUGGACAUUAAUGUAGGAAAUUUUUACUGGAUGAAUCAUUCCUUGGAAAUACUUGGUUUAUAAAUGUUUUAAAGAAGAUUACACAUUAGUUUUUUUUCCUCAACCAUUUAACUCAAAACCUAGUUUGAUCACACAACAUUUUGUUUGAUUUUAACAUUGAUCUUUUGAAUAGGUUGUCAGUUUAAUUGUAAGGGAUGAUUUUCACUUUGACACUUUAACUACUUAUGUUGACUUAGUUAAAUUCACAUGGUACUUUGGAAAGGAAAGUAGGGGUAGCUACAGUACAUCUGUACUCAUUCUCAUUAAUGCAGUGACAUUCCACUUAUUGUUUUUGUUUGUAGGAAACUGAAUCAAAUAAAGGUUUAUU